AUGCAUUCCAGGUCGGUGCAAUUCAACAUUGUGAUCGGGCGCCGGCCGCGCCGGCUGCCGUCUGUUCACUCACGCUCGCUGCACACUUUCACAAACUAUUCCACUGCCACUUUAAUACGUAUCGUUGUCACAUCACGUUAUCUCCUUGGACACCAAUACCGGACUGACGCACAUGGAUCAGUAGCAGACGGUGCCGAUCAGUCUGUUACUGCGGCUACACUUGCCUACGAAGGCGAAUGGCGUAUCGAUAAGAUGAAUACGAUAAGCGAGGUCAGCUGCAGAGAGCAGUGCGUGCGCGCAACACUUGUGGCGCGCGACAGUACACUGAGUGCGGCAUACGAGCGGCUACCACCACUCCCGGACUCCCGGCCUCGACCGCAGCCCGCACUUGAUGCAGACCUGGCUUCUAUAUCAUACCAUCCGCGGUCCUACGGAGGA